AUGAAUCUCCUUCGUCGGUUAUAUGUGAUGGUUAGUGAUGAGGCGGAAUCCUUGCGAUUAGAUGCGCUCCCUUCAGCUCCUCCUUGCCUUAAAUCCAUGCUAUUAGCAGGGAAAUUAGAGACGGUGCCACACUGGUUUCAAUCACUUCGAAGCCUCGUGUAUUUGCGGUUGUAUUGGUCUAGACUGACACAAGAUGUUUUUCCUUUCAUCCAAGCGCUGCCUUGUUUAGGAAUUCUUGAACUUGACAAUGCAUAUUCUGGAAAAGAGUUACUGUUUGAUGCUGGGUUCCAAAAGCUGAAGGUUUUAUAUUUAGCCAAUCUCCCGCAACUGAAAGAGAUAACAAUAGAGAGGGGAGUGAUGCCAGAUCUCGAACGACUUAUUGUACAAGGAUGUAUGGAGUUGAAGACAUUGCCUCAUGGCAUUGAAUAUCUCACGAAUCUCCAAACAUUGGACUUGGCUACCGUUUCAAGUGAGCUCAUCCAUCAGAUACAUGGUGAACAGAGUGUGGGUCGUUCAAAAGUUCGACAUAUCCCUAAUAUCCAUCAUUAUUACAAAUCAGCGUCUAAGACAUUGCAAUUCAAAAACUUGUCUUGAAUCUAUUGCAAGACGGUAAGACACUAUAUUACCCACCCCUUCUUAAUUCGAAAAUAAUUAUGAACAUCUACUUUGAUUUUAUCCCAUGACAUUAUGCUAAAAAUAUUCUCUAUUGUGGGUCACAUUUUUAAAAUUUCUUGUUCUUCAAUUCCAAGCACAUGCAUCUCCAACCAAAAACUGAUUCAUACUUUUAGUCGGAAAGUAAAGAGAAAGAGAUUCAUAUCACCUACCAUGAACAUUUUUCUUGAUUUUCAUUGAUAGUGGAUUUUUAGUGAGACUCACCAUAUAUAAAUGGGUGUCCCAUACAUUAUGAAUGAUCGGACAUGGAGAGCAAGAGCAUUGACGGAGAUUCAGUUGAAAGAGACUACAAGUUUGUAAA